UAGUUAAGUUGGGAAGAGAGAGAGAGAGAGGAGAAAGGAGGAAAGAUGAGUAGUUCAUCAAGGCCGGUGCCGAGGAGAGAGAGUCCAUGGGGAGUCACCGGAGAGAAUCAUCCUGAACCCAAAGCUCACCGCUGCAAUGACCGUGUCGAGGACGUUAUUCAGGCUUGCUUUGAGGGAAACCCAUUCAAGACUGUUCCGGGACCUUUCAAGCUCUUCUGGCAGUGCAUGCGUUCCAAACCCGGUGAGGAACCAACAGCCCCAUUUACUUAUCUGGAUUUGGAGCCUCUAAAGAGAGAAACGGAACCUGUGAAACCUGAGUAGUGUCACUUUUACUUACAAAUGCCUUAACAGCUUUGGCACUGCAUGGUCCUUUAGUGGUUUCUAAAUUUCCCUCCGUGUGGAUUUUUUUUUUUUGAGAAAAAUAUGUAACUAAAUUGUUUUUGUUGCUUUGCUACAUAAAACAGACGUCCUAUGCCGCUUUGUUCUGUUCUUCGGUGGUACUUGCUCAAUAAAACAUGGCUAGGUGCGUUCUUGAAUAACUUAUAUUAUAAUGUUUGAUGUUAUAACAAAACAUUAAUUAAUGUUCUGCUGGAUUAGUUUUUAGUUUUCGAUA